AGGGAUCUAAAGGAGAGCUGACGGAGAAGUGAAGCUGCGGCGUCGGUUUACUUUGUGGAAUAAACCGGAAGAAAGACGGAGCGUUAGUUCACCUGCGAGAUUUAUGUUCUGUGUGGGAAAACGACCAGACGGACGGCUGUCUGUCACAGUAGGGGGGUUUUCUCCGAGAAAGUACCUCGUAGUUUUCGCUCGUUUGGAACAUUGACGACGUGACGUCGGAGAGUGUUUUACGAUGCAGUGUCCCAGCAUCUGUCGAGAUGACCCCAAGAAGAAUCAGAGGCACAGGAAAUAAAAUAUUCCAGGCAACAGCAGGUCUUUAUGGUUGAAGCACUGUGUGAUACGCCUUACAAUGCCUCCAGCCAUGACGGACAUCCUAGAUAUCUGGGCAGGCAACACGCCCAUCGCUGGACACGCGCUGGGUCAGAUCACUGUGGACUUUCUGCUGCCCACUGGUAUCUACAUCCAGAUGGAUGUUCCGCGUGAUGCCACCAUUCAACACAUCAAACUGCUCUUAUGGAAGCAAGCGCAGUCAUUCCCACUGUUCCCCGCCCUGGGCAAGAUGGAGAGCCACAUCUUUGAGUGCGUCAACCAGGCAGCGGUGCAUGAAGAACUAGAGGAUGAAACUCGACGACUGUGUGACGUUCGCCCAUUCCUGCCAGUCCUUAAGUUGGUGACACGCAGCUGUGGCAGAGCAGAGCGCCUGCUAGACUCCAAAAUAGGUGUCCUCAUUGGCAAGGGUCUGCAUGAGCUUGAUGCUAUAAACGACCAGGAGGUAAAGGACUUUCGCAGCCGAAUGUUUCGUCUCAGUGAAGAGAGGAUGCAGCUUGUUCAGACGAUGACGUGGACAGAAUGGGUGAAGUCCUGCUUCUCCCCACAAAUAGAUUUUGAGGAUGAACUGACCAUUACUGAUGGGCUCAGUGACCGACCUGCUGACCUGAAGGUCAUUAUCCACUUCAGCCAGUCUCAGGAUUCAGUCAGUCUGAAGGUGUCAUCGUCCUGUACCCCUCCUGAGCUGAUGGAGCUGGCCCUGAAGAAGUGGCUGACCACCCAUGGGCCAGAAGAAGAGGCAUGGCGGGGCCAGUCUAUACUGAGGGUUAGCCACUGCCUGGAGUUCCUUUGUGAGGAAUGUCCCCUCAUUCGCUACAAGUACAUCCAGACAUGCAUGCAGACCAAGGAGCCUCCACACCUAACCGUUGUCCACACCAGCACAGUAAAGGCCAUGUUUGACAAGGAAAUUUCUGCCAUUGGAGCUGUGGUUAGCCGCAAGUCCUUGAACCCACCUUUACCACUACCUCCCAAGAAAAGAGUUUCUUCGCAAGUACAGACAUGUGUUUGGAACAUACAGAACCCCUUUAAGAUAAUCCUAGUAAAAGGCAGUAAGGUGAAUGCAGAGGAGACUGCAAAGAUCCAGGUGAGGGCGGGGCUCUUCCAUGGCACAGAGCUGCUGUGUAAGACGGUGGUGAGCAGUGAAAGCAAUGGGCGUUCAGAUCACACAUGGAAAGAAAACUCACUGGAGUUUGACAUUGCUGUCUGUGACCUGCCACGCAUGACCCGACUUUGCUUCGCUAUGUAUGCUGUCAUGGAUAAAGUUAAGAAACAGAAGUCCACCAAAAGCCCCCACCUAAACAAGUCCCAGACCAUCCGCAAAGCAGGAAAAGUGCAUUACCCUGUAGCCUGGGUGAACACCAUGGUGUUUGACUACAAAGGCCAGCUGAAAACUGGAGAUAUUAUCCUGCACUGCUGGUCAUCAUUUCCUGAUGAACUUGAAGAGAUGCUGAACCCUAUAGGAACCAUUCAGACUAACCCAUAUACUGAAAACGCUACAGCACUGCACAUCCACUUCGUGGAGUACUUGUCACAUCCCAUUAUCUUCCCUCCAUUCCACAAGAUACUGGAAAAAGCUGCAGACAUUGUCAAAGCUACUGAUGGUGCAUCCAUGAGUCGUGGGGGGAAGAAGUUCCACAUAGAGCUGAAGGAGAUCAUGGAGCGAGACCCGCUCUCUCAGCUGUGUGAGAAUGAGAAGGAUUUGAUCUGGACACUACGCUGUGACUGUCAAGAGAAUUUCCCUCAGUCACUACCCAAGCUGCUACUCUCCGUCAAGUGGAGCAAACACGAAGAUGUGGCUCAGUUGCAGGCACUCCUUCAGAUCUGGCCCAAGAUGAGUCCCAGAGAUGCUCUGGAGCUUCUCGACUUCAAUUACCCUGAUCAGUACGUCAGAGAAUACGCUGUGAGGUGCCUACGUGACAUGAGUGAUGAAGAGCUGUCACAGUAUCUGCUGCAGCUGGUUCAGGUGCUGCGCUAUGAGCCGUACUACGACUGUGCCCUUACACAUUUCUUGCUGGAACGGGCACAAGCAAACCGCAAGAUCGGACACUUCCUCUUCUGGCACCUACGGUCAGAGAUCCACAUGCCAGCUGUUUCUGUCCAAUUUGCCCUUAUCCUUGAGGCCUACUGUCGAAGCAACAUCCCUCAUAUUGAGGUUUUAAAGAAACAGGUGGAAGCUCUGAAUAAGCUAAAGUCCAUCAAUGAUCUAAUUAAACUGGGACAAAGCAAGAAUGCUCGUAGUAAGGCCGAGAAGGCGAUGCUGAACAAAGAGGCUAUGAUGACCUAUUUGAGGCAAAGCGUCAUCAAUGAGACACUGUCAGACUUGCAUUCUCCUCUCAACCCCAAUGUCCUGCUGUCUAGUAUCAAUGUAGAGAAGUGCCGGUAUAUGGACUCUAAGAUGAAGCCUCUCUGGAUCGUUUACAACAACAGACUGCUUAGUGGAGACACCCUGGGCAUCAUUUUCAAGAAUGGAGACGAUCUAAGGCAAGAUAUGUUGACUCUCCAGAUUUUGAGACUAAUGGAUCUGCUCUGGAAAGAGGCUAAUCUUGAUCUCAGGAUUGUACCAUAUGGUUGCUUGGCAACAGGUAACCAAACAGGGUUGAUUGAAGUUGUGUCAUCAGCAGACACAAUUGCAAACAUCCAACUGACAAACAGUAACGUAGUUGCAACAGCUGCCUUCAACAAGGAUGCGUUGCUCAACUGGCUCAAAGAGAGAAACUCUGGUGAUGCUCUUGAACGAGCCAUCGGGGAAUUCACUUUGUCGUGUGCAGGCUACUGUGUAGCCACCUACGUCCUCGGCAUAGGAGAUCGGCAUAGUGACAACAUCAUGGUCCGAAGUACUGGCCAGCUCUUCCACAUAGACUUUGGCCACAUCCUCGGCAACUUCAAGUCCAAGUUUGGCAUCAAACGGGAGCGUGUGCCAUUUAUCCUCACACAUGACUUUAUCCAUGUCAUACAGCAGGGCAAGACGGGUUACACUGAAAAAUUUAGCAGUUUCCGUCAGUACUGUGAGGAUGCUUAUCUAAUCUUGAGGAAGAAUGGGAACCUCUUCAUAACACUGUUUGCCCUCAUGCUCACAGCCGGGCUGCCCGAACUGACAUCGGUGAAAGACAUCCAGUAUCUGAAGGAUUCUCUGGCUCUGGGUAAGACGGACGAUGAAGCACUGAAGCAGUUUCGCCAUAAGUUUGACGAAGCCCUCCGGGAGAGCUGGACAACCAAAGUCAACUGGAUGGCCCAUAAUGUGGCCAAAGACAACCGCUCCUAGAGUAGCUUUGAACUUUUAAGGUCAGCGGUCACAUGCCAAGUGGACAUGGUGUAGUAGGACAGAGUGCAAUGGGCAGGAUCUGCCAAGGAGACAGGGUGAACAUCACCUUUACCUAAAGAAGGGAAAUUGAGUAGAAUGCUCCAAAAAAUAGUCAUCCCACUGUACUGUACAUAAGGAGUAAAACUACUCUCCUAAAAAGUUCUCAUACCUUGCACUCAUAUGUCCCAGUCUUUGCCUGACAGUGUACCUCCUGGAAAGAAAUCUACAUUCCUGGUCAUGUGAGAUUCAUGUGGAGUCGUGAUGCAUAAAGUUGUUGCAUGUUUUGCACAAUAUUAAUGGAGUAAAUAGCCAAAGGAAUUGACUGGAACUGGCCACUCUAAACCUUUGGAAAUGAAGCGUCACUACGUAGCGGGCCGAAGCACAAAUGUUUUGGAGUGGUUCUACUUCAUCUUGUGGACUUGAAGCUGUUUGCAUAUUUGGGCCUGGAAGAGGCACAGUCUGAGCAUCCAGUCCUGUAUUGAAUGACACAGUACAGCAGGAAAAAGCAUCUGAUUCCCCCC